GCCAAUCAGAAUUAUACGUUGAAGCUUAGGCUUCGUGAGACAGUAAACAAGUGCGUCCUUAUCAACGCCAUGUAGAACAGGAAAGAGACUUGAUUGACUGUUGAAAUGAAGGUUCCAUGAAGUCCCAGUUAGGUCAUAAAAAUUCACAAAUUGCUGAUCAGUUAGGUCUGGGAAACCACCAGAUGCUUAUUUUCCCAAUUCACCAAAAACAAAAAAGUGCUGAGUGAAAAAUCAUAAUACAGGUCGUUGUCAAGGAAGAGAUUCACAUAGACAUGUCACUGUCAAGUGUAAAGCUGCGUUCAUUAUCGCAUAAGUUAUUGUCCCCUGCAGAAUGCCAACAACUCAAAAUCAUUAUUCAAUCCUUUAAGGAAAACCGCUCAAUCUUUGGAUUCUGCUCAUCUCUUAAAGUCAUCCUUAACACUACAGAGAAGAUGCAAAUUCUUACAUUGCUACACUCAAUGGUGCCAGAUGAUCUGUUGUCUGAUUACGAUAGCUUAUGUUGCAUUCAUUUUGAUUACUACAAGAAUGUUUUGCAGCCUAAAAUUAAAGAAAAUCUACUAAAGAAACAGAAGAAAUCACCACAGAAAGUAGUGGAUAAAAAGCCGUUCAGACAUGGUUCCGUUCUGGAGCCUGCUAAAGGAACGGUACAUGCAAGCGUAAGAGAAAAAAAGGACCGAAGAAGAACCAGGUCAAUGGAAGGGAGUCUUGAUGGUGCCCAGCUGCAGAGAGCCGCUCAGCGAGUUCCCGGUAGGAAAGAUAAGAAAGGAGAAGAGGUGGAAAGAAAAGAACGAAAACGAAGCAAGACCGCUCAUGUUGUGUUACUUGGAAUGACUUCAACUUCUGAUCUCCCUCCUGUUACAAAGAGCAAUCAAGGUUCAAGUGGAAGUGACAGAGCACCCCAAAAUGUCAAAGUUCGAAAGGUCAAGCUUGAGAAUCGUCCUGGUGAAAGUUUAGGAUUUUGCAUUCGUGGUGGAAAAGACUUGAAUGCAGGAAUUUUUAUAUCAUCUAUUGACCCUGGAGGUCAAGCAGAAAGCAAGGGCUUAAAAGUAGGAGAGCGGAUUCUAAAAGUGAAUGAUACCUCUCUGAAAAGUGUGACUCACGGAGAAGCCGUCGUUGCAAUCAAAUCUGCCUAUAAAUUAACUCUAUACCUUGCCCAGAUCGGCCAAAUGCCAGGCACACCGCAUGACACCCCACGGAGUCAAGAUGGGUCACAAUCACAAGGUAAACAAGAAGUGGUAUCAGUAAACAGAGAGAGGACUGUACUGCUUGUUGCUGAUGAUGAUGGCUUCCUUGGUUGCAGUAUAAGAGGUGGUGUGGACUAUGGAUUACCUGUAAUAGUUGCAAGUGUAGACCCCCUUUCACCUGCUCACAGGGCUGGACUCAAGAAGGGAGAACUCAUUGUACAGGUGAAUGGACAAGACAUCUCCGGACUGGACCAUUUAGAUAUUGUUGACAUGAUGACAAACUCUAACGUGGUGAAGAUGCUGGUGAUGCCUAGGAUAUGUAUGAAACAGAGGACAUCAAGCCAAAGUUCAGAUCUGAGGCGUAGUCCAAGACUACAAAAUGUUGGCAAUCAGAAGAAGGGAUCUACAUUGCUUACUCGUAAAUCUUCCUGCGCUUCCCAAUUGCCGUCAACACCGCUCAGAAUUCGCAAAAGGGUUGGAGAUGUGACAGCUCUUGAAGAAGAACUUCGCGCUACUCCCCCUAGAAGCACCUCUACACCUCUACCAAAUGAAGGUCAUAUGAAUCAGAAUAUACAAGUCAACGAAUCACUGUUCUCAUGUGAGAGGUCUACAUUUCAGCACAGCGAACAUCCGAUACCAACACUCACCUUUCAAGAGUCAGAUCAAGGAAAUGAUAUUAUUUCCUAUGUUAACACAUCUGGUGGAAGUUCCAUGGAAAAUAUUUCUCCGCAUGAUGAGAAGAUGAAGGAAUUUGAAAAAGGAACGAUACGGUUAAAUAUGAACAGCAAAGAGAAAUUAAAAGGUCUGAAAUUAGUUGAAAUUAAUUAUCACUCAGAUGGUAGUAGCAAGGAGGGUAACAGAAGACAAUCUGUAAAGAACAUAUUUUUUUCUCAGGAUGAACUUUGUAAUCGUGAUACAGAAGAAAAUAUUAGCAGUCAGGAUGUGUUGAUGGAUAAUCUGGAAAGUGAGGAAUCUGCUAACAUCCGAAACUGCAGUCCAAAACCUUCCAAUCAAGAUUUGCGUAGGCCUAAUGAUCAACAACAACAACUAAAUAUUCUAAGUUCUCCUAAUGUUACUCAAUCCCAGGAUCUUCUAAAGGUGUCAGGCAAGGUCUCGCCCUUAUUACUACCUUUACAGAAUAUUGAUGUAUCCUGCUGUGAUCAGUCACCAACCACUACAAAUCCAUCUAAACUGAAAAAGAAAUCAAGACUUUCUCUUGCAGCAAGAAUUUUCAGUAAAAAACGUGUGCACGGAAGUAUUAGCAGCAGCACGUCUGCAUACAGUAGCUCAGAAAGUUUAGACUCGAUGGUCCAGGGACGACAAUUGCCUUCUGUCAGUGUUGAUGAUGAUAGUAAUAAUCAAGACUGGCUUAUGUAUUAAGACAAUUUGAUACACACUUUUAUUAUUCAAAUUAUUAUUAUUGUAUAAUUAUUAUUACUAGUUGAAUACUUUAUCAUUAUUAUUAUUAUUAGAUUAUUCAACUCAACUGUAUACUGAAGUGGAUGAUGGUCUAUUUUAAAAUAUAUUAUAGCUUGUGUACUACUAUUUUGUUAUUUUUGUUACUGCUAUCAUACUAUUAUUACUAAUGAUAUUAUGAGCAUUUGUGUAGCACCCUCUACAUACACAAUUGUAGAAAGACAUUUUGUAUUCUCUAAACAAUUUUUUAUAAAAAAAAUGUUUAUGUCAGCUGUCUUUUAACCCCUUUAUUACAUAGCUUGUAUAGGCUAAUAUUUUAUUUCUUAUGAACCUGUAGACAUUUUAUGAAUUCAUUACCCGAGUAGUAAAAAAAUGUGUGGUGUACUAUAUAAAGUAGAAACUGAUUAAAACUACAAGAUGGUAACACCAUGGUGGUGUGAAUUGCCGGAGCUGCAACAGCCGGAACUUCUGCUUUUGAAUGUCGUAUAAUAUAAAAUUACUGUACUGCUGGUAGUAUGGUAAUGAGUGCACAAGAGCUUAUAUGCUAUAAGAAAAAGUGAACUGAAACAUUUUAACAGAAAAAAAGAAAACCUUUGCUUGUGGGGCAUUAACAAAUGCCCAAAGGCUCUCUAAAAGUGUUUACCGCAGUAAAAAGAGUAUAAAUAUAUAAAAACUAUACGAAUAAAUUAGCAUAUAUUGCAUGUCAUCUACAGGACUGUGUCACAAAACAUGGUACCUGUACAUAUUAUUUACCUUGUAAAAUACUGUUCAAAUAAUGUAAAAUAAAUUACUAAAUAAAUCAUUGCCUACUGAAACUAUAAAUAACUGUAAUUCACAACAAAUCACGUACAGUGGCUUAUCUAGGAGUCUUGAAAAGAAGGGGGAAGGGUGAAGUGAGUGGGUGCUAGCUCGCAAAAUAUGGUGAUAUGUGGAGACUUUCUUCUACUUUAGCUCAAUGAAGUUCGGGGGGGGGGGGGUUGUGCAAUUUUUUUUUUUAGUUGGGAGUGGGACAAGCACCCAUAGGUACGCCACUGAUCACUUAAAUAUACUCAAGUAUACAUAUUGAUAGAUAGAUUUUUAAAUUCUAUAGCGAUGUAUAUUGAUGUAGACAUAAUAAUUGGCUAAAAUAUCUAUUCAACCAGUGGUGGCGGCUCGGGGUGCGGCAGCUGUAGGUCGGGUACUCUCUCCUCUGUCCAAAUAAUCAUUUUGCCGAUCCAACCACUUUUACUGUGAUUGCAGUAGGUUGGUGGGGCAGGCAUGCCCCUUCCCCCCAGUUUUGCCACUAAUUUUUUUAAUUUCAGUGAAUGUCAAUGUUACGUAUUGAAAUAAAAAAAAAAAA